CGAGAACUAGCGAGAGCGAGGCGAGGGAGGAAAGCGCAGAGGCAAGGCAGAAAUACAAGGCAGGCAGCGAGGGGCGAGAGAGGACAUCAGAUUUGUUUGCCGAUCAGCGGAAGAAGAAGAGGAGCUCCAGCAUCGUCUGCUUCUUCUUCUUCUUCCUCUUCUGGAACCACCACCACUUCCACUGCAUUUCUGUUCUUUGCACUUUUCUCCCUCGCGAUUCCGUUCCAGGACGACGCGGGGAGGCACGAGGGAGGGAGGGAGGGAGGGACGAAGCUCGUUGUUUUGUCCAAUUUCGCGUCGUAGGCCUGGCAAGCAGCUGCCGCGGCUGCACGCUUAUCGGGAAGAAGGCGGAUCUGUUUGCCUCGUACAGACGGGAGGAGGAAAGGACGGACGCCCAGAGAGAGAGAGAGAGGGAGAAAGAGAGAGCUGAGACAGGGACAGGGACAGAGAGAGCGAGAGAGUUGGGACAGGAGAGGGGAGGAGGAUAUAGAGUCUGCAUGCCUCCCGUGAGUCGUGUAGUGAGCGAGAUUUAGAACAAGACAGACAGGGAGGCAGGCAGCAGGGCAGACAGUGAAAUAAGCAGGGCAGGGAAGCAGGGCAGGGGCCACACGUCCCGCACGGCGUGCGUUCCGUAGCUGACCGUGUAGGCAAAAGCAGAGCGAGUCUUUUCUCGUACGUCGCGCUACGGACAGUUUCACUAUAUUUUAUAACGAUUGCUCAGAUCUCAAAUCGUUCACUUUCUGUCGUCUCCGUCGCACUGAAUUGCAGUCAAUUGACGUUUAGCGUUUCUCUCUGCUGGUUGGAACCUCAAUUGCAUAUACAGCGUCUCCAAUGAAUCACUCAUCGGACAAAGUGGGUAACCACGUUAGAGAGAUGGGGGUCUUCGGUGGUGACCCAAAACUAUGCGAUCGUAUGAGGCUUUGGGAGCUCCCGGAUCAAGUUAUAUUCGAGCCCACAGAUGCGCAUACAUCUCGGUUCUUGUCUAUAAAUCGUGAAAGUGGAGACCUAGAAUGGCUAGGUCAGCUUCCUACGUCUGCUGGUGGUCACUCUACAAGACCUAUCAGCAUAUUUGGUCUGGUGGGAGUGGUUAGGCUUUUGGCAGGAACUUACGCCCUCGUAGUAACUGGGCGACGAUGUGUUGGAGCCUAUCGCGGUUCUCCUGUCUACUUGAUUACCUCGAUGAAAUUUCUAUGUUGCAACUCUGUAUUGAAACUUCAAACUCCUCAGGAGAAGAGAGAUGAGGCCAAUUUUGCUCAUCUGUUGAAGGCUGUAGAGGCAACUCCUGGAUUAUAUUUCUCAUAUGAAGUCGACCUGACUUUGAAUGCACAGAGAGCGCAUGAUUUGGCCGACCAACGAGUUUCUCAACCUCUUUGGAAACAGGCAGAUCCAAGAUUUUUGUGGAACAAACAUUUAUUGGAAGAGCUGAUCGAGAAUAAGAUGGAGCCAUAUAUUUUACCUGUCAUUCAGGGCAGCUUUCAGCAUUUCAUCGUGGAAGUGAGAGACAAGCCUGUUUCUGUAGUUCUACUGUCAAGGCGAUGCAUAAGGCGUAUAGGCACUCGAAUGUGGCGUAGAGGGGCUGACCUCGAAGGCCAUGUGGCCAACUUUGUCGAAACAGAGCAAGUAUUGGAUGCUGAAGGGUACACCGCGUCUUAUGUCCAGGUCCGAGGCUCCAUUCCAAUUCUGUGGGAGCAGAUUGUUGACCUUACCUACAAGCCGAAAAUCAAAACAAUCCAACUUGAUGAAACGCCAAAGGUCGUAGAGAGACAUUUUCGUGAUCUUCAACAAAGAUACGGGUCUGUGAUAGCGCUUGAUCUGAUCAAUCAGCAUGGGAGUGAAGGUGUUUUGAGUGAAGCAUUCGGUGGGGCUAUGCAGAACAUCUGUAGUGACACUCUGAGAUAUAUUCCUUUCGACUUCCAUAUGAUAUGUGGGCAUAUACAUUUUGAACGCCUGUCACAACUUUAUGAUCAAAUCAAAGACUCUCAUAUAGAGCAAGGGUACUACUUAUCCAGCUCAGGAAAGAGACUGGGGGAGCAAAAGGGUGUCGUUCGGACAAACUGUGUUGACUGCUUGGAUCGUACUAAUGUCACUCAGAGUCUACUAGGGCGAAUCUCGUUAGAAACCCAGCUUGUGCAGAUUGGUGUUUUCAAGCCAACGGAACUCAUUAGUCAGAACCUUGACUUUGAUGAGAAGUACAAAGUUUUGUGGGCUAAUCAUGGCGACGACAUAAGCAUCCAGUACUCUGGCACACAGGCCCUUAAAGGAGACUUUGUUAGGUAUGGGAAGCGGACCUUUCAAGGACUCAUUCAAGAUGGAUUCAACGCACUCGCGCGUUACUUUUACAACAACUUCACAGAUGGAAUUAGACAAGAUGCAAUGGACUUGAUUGUUGGACACUACACAGUGAGCCGCAGCAACCCAUCUCCUUUCGAGCUGAGUGGUCUGGAGGCUAUUGCGUAUUUUCCUCUCGCUUCAGCGUUGAUUGUGACCGGAGCCACUCUCACGACGCUCUCUCUUCGUCAAGUGGGCGAAGAUGCAUACCAGUUUCUUUUUUCUGUACUCUGGGCGGGAGUAACAGCAGGCGUUGCAGCCCUUGUAAGGAUCAAUGGACGACAGUUCUGCAGCAGGCCCCGGCUCUGCAAGUUGUUCUGAUUGAUUCCUUCUCAGUGUAGAAAUACAUCUUUAAAUGUUUCAUUAGUGAGUCCAAGCAAAUUCUUAACAUCAACGGUGAGGUGCCGAAAUGCAAGGUCAUCUGGCUAGAGCUAGUUACCAUUCUUUUGUGAUGAUAUCCUGUUGGAUCAUCUUAAAUAUCAGAUUAGAAAUGUAUCAAGUAGAAGUGAAGAGACACAUGGAUCACACCUGCCAAAAAGCAUCCAGCAUUCCUGUCAUAUCUGUUAGCACUUCUGUUCCGUGAAACAACGUUGAGUGUAGAUCGAUGUUGGGAAAGAACCACUCGAUCAGUUCAUCCAUUUUUUGUGAUACUGCGUCGAGUGCUCAAAUCUCAACUUGAUGUCAAUAACAAUAUCCAGUGUUUUGAAACUGGUCUUGUUAGAGAAUCUGUUAGAACCAUGCGAAGAUACAUGAGUAUCUUCCUAAUAUGUGAUAUAGGUUCGGAGUAUGUUUUCUUCAGGUGCGAACACCAUGACC